UGGAAAGGGCGUCUGGGCCUGUGGGCCGGCUGGCGCCUCUGAAACAAGCGGGUUUGGGAGGCUCUGUUUCACAGGGAGCACCUGUGGGUGAUGAAUAGCAGACUUCACCGCCCUGCUUUAUAAGUUCCAGAUAAUUCACCAAAUUGUUUUUGUCUUGUUUUUUUGUGAUCUGUAUUUUAUUUAUCUAUCUGAUAAUAGCUCCUUUGUAUCCCAGGCCUUGAUUUUCUAUUCUGUUAGAUCUCCAGUUAGCUUUUGUCUAUACACCUCCCUAGUGCCCGCCCUCCCCUUUUUUGGUCUGCCUUGCCCCUUGUUUCCGGUUGAUUUUGUUACCCCCACCCUACCCUCAUAGUCCUCUUCUUCUGCUUUCUAAAUAUUUUCUUACUCUCCUUUAGAUGGGAAGCCAAAGUUCAUGGUUUCUUUAAAUCAAUAUUGUACCUUACCCAUAAAUGUGCCUGUUCCACAUCCUGUGUAGGAUUUUAAGGACUCAGAGGAGCAAAAUGGGGAGAAGAAAUGGUGAGAACUAUGGCACCAGCCUGCGUGUGUCAAACAUCUCUCAUGAGAAUUUAUCUCACUGGAAUUUGGACUCAGAAGUACCUGUUCCUGAGAAUAAAAACCUGCCCCCUGGAAGGGAUAGUGCAGCAGGUGACCAUUUGGAAACUCCAGUAGAGCAACUGAUGCUAGAAAUUAAUUUGUCAGAGCAUGCUCAAAAAAGAACACAGAAUAAUAAACAAGGGAUAUUUCAGUUAUGGAGUUAUCCUCUUAAAGAAGGAAGUAUCAUGGACAACAGGGAUUUCAAAAAACCUUCAAUGGAAAUUGGCUUUAAUACAACCAACAAUCCCAUAAGGCUCUUCACUCUGAACCAUUCACUAACAAGUGCUCCAGCUGAUAAGCAAGUUGGUUCUUACUCUGAACUGCCGAUGCCAUUAGGUCUCUGCUGGCCCUAUGCUGAUGGAGACUUUCUUAAGGACAGAAAUGACUCUCUUAAUAAUUUACGUUUAACUGUAGAAUACAACAAUGGUGAAACUUCAUCUGCUCCAACUUGGAGUUUGAAAUAUAGAAACAGCAGUGUAGAAGACAAUUUAACAGAUGAAAGUGAUUUAUCAGAAAAUGAAAAAGCAAAUGGUACUUUAUUCAGCUAUUUUAAAAAGAUGGACCUGAAUUUAAAGCCAGAAACAAUAGAAAAUGUUCAAGAAUCUUUCACAGUAGAACCAAGUGAAGUAUUUCCAUAUCCUGAUUUUCUCCCUCCUCCUUUCAAUACGCUGGACUUGCACAAAUUAGUCCUCUCAGAAUCUGAUCAUUGGAAAGCAACAGUGGAAUCUCCAGAAAGGUGUAUUAAACCUUUGAUAACUCGUUUAUUAGAAAUGGAACGAUUACAACAUACUACUAUACAAAAAGAGAGACCAAGAUUACAAACUUCCUUCUGUACUCCAGCAGUUACUGAACGACCCUUUUCCUCCAAAACCAUACCCAAAAUGAAACAGCCAAAACUUUCUGACUCUGUAAGUCUUCAGACAACUUGUGUAGAUAAAACUAGAGAAAAAAGGAAAAAGAAUUCUGCUUCUUGCAAGCUUGAACAAAAUGCUUCACAAUGGAAUUGGAACAGUAGUAUUAGCAAAUAUAAAUGCAAUUCUAGAUCACCAUCGCUAAAAAGUUCAUCCACAGCAAAACAAUUGAUGGCAACUUAUAACUUUAAAAAUCCCCAAACCUCCACUGUAAAUCCAUGCCAAGAACUCUCAACCAGUCCUACUACUGCACAGUCAACUCAAUCACUGGUUAAAGUGGUCUCAACAAGACCUUGCCUACCACUAAGGUCUCUAAUAUCAGUUUCACCUUUACCUCUGUCUUUUUCUGAAAAUCAGAGGGAAGAAAUGAAGGCACCAAGGACCAAAAAGGAACUUUACCGAAAACAUAUAGUAUUGAACAGGCCAUUCUAUAUUCAGAACUAAACUGUCUAUCACCUUCAUUUAGAGCUAAGGGUAAGUGCUCACCCAUUGAGCAAAAAUAACAUUUCCCCCCAUACAUCUCAGUAUGAGUAAAUCUCUUCCAAGAAGCCCAGCUAAAAUAUGGUUCAUCAUUUCGAGAUGCAGAUAUUAA